AUGGACAAGAAAACUACACAAUCAAAAAUACAACAAGAUAAUACGUCGUCUGAUUCAUCUUUAGAUGAGUUACUUGAAGAUGAUGAGGAUGACGAGGAUGAAACUGAAGAAGAUGACUUUAUAUUGAGUAAAAUAAUCAAACAGAAACCACUAAAAGAUGUCUUCCAAGACAAUGAUGACGACGACGAUGAUGAUGAUAACGAACGGAAAAAGCGCAAACGUAUCAAUCCUUUGGGUUAUUUGAAUAAUAAAUCCAAAUUCAUUCCGAUAAAGCAAUUUGAUCUUGGUAAGAAUUAUGAUACAAAGAUUGUUUCUAGUAUGGAGAAAUUGAAUGAAUUGAUUGAUUUAGCGAAUAAUUCUCCCAUCAAAUCAUCCGUAGUGGAUUUAGCAUUUGAUAAGUCUAAAAAAACCUAUGAAGAACGAUUAAAGUUAGUAGGAACUCGAAUUAAUGAUUCAUUGAUUGAUAUGAUUUUAAAAGAACAUAUUUCAUUUAAAUAUAAGGAUUGGCAUUUCAUUGACACUAACUAUGAUCCUAUGAUAAUUAGUGAAAUUUUUGAUGAUGAUGAAUUAACAUUUUUCAAUUUAAAUAAAUUGAAAAUUGCAGAAAUGAUUAAAUUGAAAAUUCCAAAUUUAAAUGAAUUUAUGAUUAAAUGUGGAUGUAAUAUGACUAAAUUGAAUAGUCUACGAAUUUCUAGUACACUAAGUGAGAAUAAUGUUAUAGAGACAUUUAAUCAAUAUGAUAAUUUUGUUGAAAUAUGUCCCAUGGAAGAUAUAAUGAAAUUUUUAUGUUAUUAUGAUGAUGAUCCAAAUUUUAUUAAAAUUUUCAUUUGUUUCAUAUUAGAUAGGAAAGUUUAUGAAACUUUAUUUUUGGAUUCUAUUUGUUGUACCAAUAUUUAUCAAAAUGUUAUACUCAAACGAACGCCACAACAAAAAGCUGAAAUCGGUGUAGACACGAGUGAAAUAAUACGAGAGAGCAAUGAUGAAAAUGAGAAUAAUUCUGAUGAGAUACAAAUGAAUAAAGGAAAUUUUAUUAAAAUAUAUUUCGAAGUUGUCGAUAGAGAGAAUUAUUUACUUCAUUAUAGAUUAAUUCGAUUAAUACCUGAAUUACAGAAAGACAUAAUAAAUCAUUUAUUUGAAAAUACCGUUAAGAAUGGUAAUGGUGGUGAUGAUAAUAUAAGGAUUGUUGAAGAGUUUAAUAAUUUGUUUGAUAAUAAGCAAUAUCAUAAAUUAUUAUAUUACAUAUUAUUAAUUUAUGGUAGUGAUUUGAUGCCAUUUGGACAUAAUAAGACUACUGAAUAUUUCAAAGAUUGCAUAUAUGAUAUGACCGUGGAAGGUAAUAAUGAAGUGGAAUUAUCCAUAUUAAAGGGGAUAUUGAAUAUUUUCUAUAAGAUUACUGACAAAAUUGUUGAUGUUAAUGAUGCUAAUUUUAUUAGGUUCCGUCAAUACAGCGAAUAG